CCGCUCUGGGAAGGAGCUGCAGCCGCCUUAAGGAAGAAAGGGUGCAGGGGGUGCAGGGGACACUCAGAUUCUCGGUCAGGCGUGCCGCACGUUCAGAAAUUGUGAAAAGAAAUCAUACGGAUGCAACCUUGGGGCAUUGUGUUUCUCACUGUAUCGGAUCCCCCCGCACUCCACUCCCGCCUAACACUUAAGGACACACACUUUUAUGUACUGAUUUUAGUUUUGUUUUGCGACAUUUAAUCUAAGCAUUCAGCAAGGCUUCUUAUAAAAGCUGAUCGACGUACGCUGAGAUAAAACCCCCUGAUCCCGUGGUGUUUCCGACCGGGCCGUAGUAUUCCUGGUCCACCCGUCCCGGGGCAGCCGUGGCAGCGCAGCGGAGCGCCAACGCGCCGGGGCUCACACUGCCUGCCUAGCCGGCGCGUUUCAAGAAGGAAGUAAUAAUAGUUCAGACCUAGGCAAUUUCUCCAACUUUGUUGCUGGCCUUUUGAUUUCCCCCCUCCCACCCUCCAGACCUAGGGCAAGGGGUGUGGGGCGGGGGGGUCGGGGGAGCAGAGGGUAAAUUCCCCUGGGGUUUAAACGCUUAAAUUCUCGGGUAAGAGCUACAGAGAAAGGACUGGUGGUUGCAGGAAGGAGGGAGAAAAAGGUGUUUGUGGAGGGAGCGCGAGAUCUGUCUCCCUACCUGUUAGCAGAGAACAAAAGAGGGUUGGCGUUUCCCGCAGCAAAACGGCACAGACAGCUACUUUCUCUGCUGAACGAACUGCAGUCCCGAGCAGAACAAGAAAAUUACUCACGCAGGGGGAGCGAGGGAGCUGAGAGAAACAGAACCCAGAUUAUGCGGAAGGCAUCUUAAUUUAAUUAACUCCUUGGGAAGGCAGAGGCGCUGCGAAGGGGCAGGAACUUCGCGGCCGUUUUCCUCUGUUCACCUGAUGCAAGCUGGCCAUCAUUAUUACUUUUUAAAUGAUCUCCUUAUAUCUACUAAGACUUUCGCUCUGAUUUAUGCAAAAUUCCACCGUGGCUUGGGCUGAAAUUCAGCGAGUCUAUGGAUCCAUCAGUCAUUUCUCUCACACCAAUACACAGGUUUUAGCAGAUGACCAGACUGUAUAUUAUUUUUAGAUAACUCAGUGUAAUAACAGCAUUACCAAAGAGCAAUACUCUAUCAAAUUACCGCGUACCUUUUUUUCUCCAAUGUUUUGAAAGCUUCACUGAACUGAAAUUAGUUAUGUACACUUUUUUUUUAACUUGUUGACAACCAGUGAACUAAAUUUUACAAAACUUCUGUACAUGCCUGGAAAUCCCUGUGAAGAAGACUGAUGAGAGAAAACUAGUCUCAGUUCCACCGAAAUAUUAAUGUCUUCAUUGGUUCUUUCCUUGUAAAAUUAAAAGUAACCAAUGGUCCGAAAAGGGGUAGAGGAGAAUUGACAGCAAAGGAUGAUGACCGCUGUUAUUGCCCGAAACUCAGUGUGGGAAUUACAUGCUCAACUUUAGACAAAACGAAAGUACUUUAGAUCUUUUGCAUGGACUUAAAAUAUCUUUUGACAUACAUUUCCAGCAACUCAGUGGAAGAGUGGAAAUCUAAAUUCUGUAAUUAUUUAUGGCAAAAGUGUUUGGUGAAUAUUUGGAGUUGUUCUAUUUCUAAAAGCGUUGAAGUCACCAAUGGUUUGCUGUUCCUCUAUGAAGAAGAUCUCUGUCCUGCAAAUUAAAAUGAAAACUUACUAUGAGAUACACUUUUGGGCCACUUUGAGCUGAACUGUAAUAGAGUUGCUAAUUUUUGUGUUAUAAACCAUUUGAAGAAAAGGGAAGGGAGAUGGCACUCAACUUUCUGCUGGCAGAAUUAACAUGUAACGUUUAGGCAGAUUUCACUUUGUGCACGUAAAAUGGAGAUCACGGUGGGAUAUUCCUCCAAUUGACACCCUCUCUCCCCACCCCCCCAUAACAGAGGUAGGAGUCAUACUUUGCCUCCUGUAUUUAUUUCUAAGAAAUCUAGCCUGGGAAUACACCCAAAUAUUAAUUUCAGUUUCCUCUCUAUGGGGGAGACCACUUUUUAACUCUAGGGAGAAGAUAAUAUUUUGACUCUCUGGAAAAUCCUCAUUACACAAAAAGAAGGAAAUAAAAGCAUAACUUAUUAUUUUUGAUGGAAGAGGAAAUAAACAGAUAGAUUACCAGGAAUGUUGGUACCUUUUUUCCCCCUGCCUUUCUAGGAGGGCUUGAGGGUUGCCACUGAACAAAAAUGAAUCGUGAUUUGUGGUGGGAAAGUUUAUUACUAAUGGAGGUUUACAGUUUCGGUUGAAUGGUCUGACUGAGCCCCUCUGACUGUUACACACCUCUCAUUAACUCCCAGUCUGAACUCCCAGACCAAAUACCACCAGGCAGAAGCGGUUCAUUAAUAAAUCCCUGUCUCUGAGCAUUCCAAACAGAAGAGGAGGGAGAGAAGGUGUGAGACUCACUGAGACUACCAAAUUCUGCCUUGUCAGAGCGCUGUGUCAUUAGCACGGUCCCCCAAGUCAGCCCUAGGAGCCCCGGACAACACUUCACAGCGCCCUAUAGAAGAUUCAGACAUGUAAAGGGGUAGGUGAUGAGGGUUAGAGACUGGACAAACCUUCCCAGCUUCCCGCUGGGUUCAAAAGCCAGACUGAAAGGUCGUUGGCUCUAACCGGCCUGCCGGCCCCUUUCCAGAGAAAGCACUUAGCUGUGAGUCCCGCACCUGGGGAGCUGCCCUCAGAGGCAAGGCCCAGGUCGGCAGCGCUGGCAGAACCAUUGCUAAAAGGCAGCUGAAGUGGGCAAAGGUGGGCCCACCCUGAAUGCAGGUGAGGUGUCCUGGGGAACCUGGGUCUGAAAUCAGACCUCUCUGUUGUUAUUUGGGGGGCAGAGAGAUGCGAGUGCUUGCACCCUGCUUAGGCCCCAGGCCGCCCACGUCUCCGAGCAGAUAAACGACCCUCCUCCUGGCGGUCAAAGACGCAUUGUACCUGCUCGAACUAUCGCUGUGGCUCCCCGGCUGCCCCUUUCCUUUGCCUCCUCAGGGAGCCUACUCUCCCCUCCACUCCUCUCUGCUCUUCCCCGGAGGCCUCGCCGGUGCAGGAGCGGUUCCUAAUGCCAGGCUGGGAAGCCUCUCCAGCCUCCCUAGAGCUUGGCGCUCAGUCUGGGAGAAGGGGUUCGGGCCUCAGGGAGGUUCUCCGCCCACCCACCCCUAUUCCACACCACCGCAACUCACCCCCUGGGAGCCUGAACCAUCUGGAAGGGAUCUUGGUGGGGGGUGGGAGGGAACGGCCCCUGGGAAGGAGGAGGGGGCAAUUCCAGGCUGAACCCGGCCCCCGAGGUGUCACUUUUCUUUCCUGCGGCCCGUCACCGCUGAUAAAUGGGACUGAGGCAGAGGAAGGAAAAAGAAAACCUCUGAGGUCAGCGCGGGGCGAGACUGGCCCCUCCGAGGGCCCGAGGGCCCUGCAGCACAGAGCGCACGGGGGCUGCGCUCCGGCACCCGCGGCGUGGCGGGGGUACCCACAUAAAGGCUGCUGGGGUGCGGGACACCCGCUCGCCAGAAGGCCACUUCCUGCCGCGUCUGACACCCUGGCCCCGGGGCCGAGCUCGGUGCAGACUCGCCUGGCAGGCACUCUGCUGUUGCCUCACCACUCCUUUUGGGGACCCUGGAGUAGAGUGGGGAGGAAGACUUUGAAGGAAGGGUUUGCUCUGCGUGUUGUUGCCUCUCUGGGUUUUCACCGGAGCCCCUCGCCCACCUGCCUCCGAGUCCUGGAAGAAAGGGGCGGUUCCCUCCGCCCCCCAACAGCCGGGAGAAUGGGGAGCAAGGCCCUGCCGGCGCCCAUCCCGCUCCACCCGUCGCUGCAGCUCACCAAUUACUCCUUCCUGCAGGCCGUGAACACCUUCCCCGCCGCGGUGGACCACCUGCAGGGCCUGUACGGUCUCAGCGCCGUGCAGACCAUGCACAUGAACCACUGGACACUGGGGUACCCCAACGUGCACGAGAUCACCCGCUCCACCAUCACCGAGAUGGCGGCGGCACAGGGCCUCGUGGACGCACGAUUUCCUUUCCCGGCUCUGCCCUUUACCACCCACCUCUUCCACCCCAAGCAGGGAGCCAUUGCCCACGUCCUCCCAGCCCUGCACAAGGACCGGCCCCGUUUUGACUUUGCCAACUUGGCGGUGGCCGCCACGCAAGAGGAUCCCCCUAAGAUGGGAGACCUGACCAAGCUGAGCCCGGGGCUGGGUAGCCCCAUCUCGGGUCUCAGUAAAUUGACUCCGGACAGAAAGCCCUCCCGAGGGAGGUUGCCCUCCAAAACGAAAAAAGAGUUUAUCUGCAAGUUUUGCGGCAGACACUUUACCAAAUCCUACAACUUGCUCAUCCACGAGAGGACCCACACAGAUGAGAGGCCAUACACGUGUGACAUCUGCCACAAGGCCUUCCGAAGGCAAGAUCACCUGCGGGAUCACAGGUAUAUCCAUUCCAAAGAAAAACCUUUCAAAUGUCAGGAGUGUGGGAAAGGAUUUUGUCAGUCUAGAACUCUAGCAGUUCACAAAACUUUACAUAUGCAGGAAUCUCCACACAAAUGUCCCACAUGUGGAAGAACCUUUAAUCAGAGAAGUAAUCUGAAAACUCACCUUCUCACCCAUACAGACAUCAAGCCCUACAGCUGCGAGCAGUGCGGCAAAGUGUUCAGGCGAAACUGUGAUCUGCGGCGGCACAGCCUGACUCACACCCCGCGGCAGGACUUCUAGAGAAGCCCAGGAUGUGUCCCAUGCCGCCGCUGCUCCCCUCCCCAGACACCUCUCCAGGCCUCCCACCCCAGGGGUUGCGCCCCCCAACCCCUUACAGACCCCAGCUCUUCCCCUGCUGCAGCUGCACCUGCAGCCCCGGGGAGUUAACCCUUCUUCUCGAGGACUGAGAACUGUAGAAAGCCACAUAAGUACAUCCCUUCACAAAGAGCAUAUGCUAGUUCUUGUAGAUAUUCACAGCUCAUUUUAGAGCUCUGUACAUAAUGUCGUGGGUCUUUGUUUUGUUGUUUUGUUUGUUUUUGUAUCUUGUUGGAUGCACCUAGAUAUGGAAAAUGGAAGCCAAAUUUAUCUUUAAAGAGUGUAUUUCCAAAAUAAAACUCCUUCUUGUUUGUUUCAA